AUGGCACGCGUUACUCCAAAGCACUCUUGCCGGCUAUCGCAUGCUACCAUUAAGAGCCCUGACCUCCCCUUGGGAGGUCUAAGGCCCCGAGCGAGUACUGUUUCUCAACGGAAGACGCUUAGCGAAGAUUCAAGGUCCACAGAUACGGCCCGUCUCAGUCAGGGCCAGCGCGUCUGCCCUGCAGGAGGAGCCCUAAAACGACGAGAUAAAGCAUUUGAGAGACUGAAGGCGCAGAAGAAUGAACUGGCUACCACCAACAAGCGAUUUGAAGAAGAUCUUCAGAGAACAGAACGGCAGCUCAAGUUUACGGAGCGGCGACUAGAGAUCGUGCGAGUUGAAAAUGAAAGUUUGCGUGAUUUUCUGCGCGAGGUGUUUGACGAAACAAGAGCCUUGGAGAGUAGGAUUCGGGACUUGAUCGUGGCUUACUCUAGUCCGCAAGGCAGAGGUAAACUUUUAUUGGUGCGGAAAGGAUACGGGACGCAUAAGAAACCGGAGAGUCCCAUUUCAGACCCUCCUGCAGACUAUAUUUAUCCGGAGGCUGGGGUGGAAGAGGGACCGAACUGCUAA